AAAGAGUAUCGAGUGCCACGUCAUCAGGAAUCGCGCCCUGUUUCUGUAUUGCAAGGGAUUCUACCUCCGUAGAGCGAAAACGCAUAAUGCAAUAAUGUUUAGGAGGGUUUAGAGGCGCGGAUCGGGCAGAUGUUUUUGCAGAUUACGGCCAAUGCUUGCUUAGCUCGUGUGCACUGGUGGCUUUGUAAUCGCCUUCUGAUCGGAGUGCCUUAUCCAAUGAUCUGAAUGUUGCUUGCUUGACGCCUUUCUCUAGAGAUUAUUUUAAGCUUUUGCUUCCUUAAUGUAUAGCUGAUGCCUGCAAGCUCAAAAUCGUAUUCUGCUUGUUUGGCUCUAUCCGCCACCAGAGAUUUGUACCUUCCCGCCAUUUCCGGGCCAGUAUCUCGAGCAUUUGCUAACCUGCAUCGGCGGCCGGGAAAUUAUGUCCUGUCUGGUGUGCUUUAUCCAAUGACGUAUAUCUUGCGCUUUUUUGCCAUUUUCUUGUAGAUGUUUUUUCAAUCGGGGAGUAGCCUGCGAUUCUGAUCGUAGCCCUCUAUCUAAUGACAUCAAAUUUGAGACCUUUCGGCCUUUCCAUGUGAAUUUUGCUGGAUUGAGGCUAUUAGAGGUUGAGAUUUGAGGAUAUAUUUUCGUCAGUACGAGAUGUAUGUGGCUCCGCCUCCGCAAUCUUCCGUUGGAAGCAGGCAAGGCAGAAUGGACGAGGUUCCAGUGACGAAGCGAGUCUAUCAAAUCUGGAAAGGCAGCAAUAGGUUCUUUCUUAGUGGAAGGCUUAUAUUUGGUCCAGACGUGCGGUCAUUGGCAAUGACCCUUUGCCUUAUAGUAAUUCCAGUGACAGUAUUUUGUAGCUUGGUUGCAAGUAAACUUGUGAAUAAAUUCCCCCAUCAUCUUGGAAUUUUUAUAAUGGCUAUUGCUAUUAUCUUCACAAUUUAUGAUUUGUUUCUUCUUCUUCUUACAUCUGCAAGAGAUCCUGGCAUAGUACCUCGUAAUGCACACCCUCCAGAGCCAGAUUAUGAGUCUGAUCAAGGAUGGGGAGUUGAUCGAACACCACGAUUGAAAUUACCACGUACAACAGAUGUGGUUGUAAAUGGGGUUACAGUGAAGAGUAAGUACUGUGACACUUGCAUGUUGUAUCGUCCUCCUCGUUGUUCACAUUGUUCUAUCUGCAACAACUGUGUUGAGCGAUUUGAUCAUCAUUGCCCAUGGGUUGGGCAGUGCAUUGGCCAACGCAACUACCGGUACUUCUUUAUGUUCGUCUUCUCAACAACCAUAUUGUGCAUCUAUGUAUUUUCCUUUUGCUGGGUGCUAAUUAGGAAAAUCAUGGAGGAAGAGCAGAUUGGCAUUGGGAAGGCAAUGCUAAAAACGCCAGCAUCAAUUGUACUUAUAGUCUAUACCUUUAUUGCAGUUUGGUUUGUUGGAGGGCUGACUACAUUUCAUACUUAUUUAAUAAGUACAAAUCAGACCACUUAUGAGAACUUCCGAUACCGAUAUGAUAGGAAGAUGAAUCCCUAUAAUAAAGGAGUGCCACUAAACUUCAAAGAAAUAUUCUUUACAAAGAUGCCCCCUUCAAAGAACAAUUUCCGAGCAAAGGUGCAACAAGACUCCACAGGUUAUGGGUUAGUUACUCCUUCAAUAGACAGAGAUAGUUUCCAUGCAAAAAUGGGCAAAGGAGGUAGUGACCUUGAAAUGGGUAUUAAGCCUUCAUGGUCAACUGUUGAGACUGGAGCUAUAGAAGAUUCACAGGUCCAAGGUCUAGAAGGUGUAGACACAAGAAGUGUAAUGCAAUCAAGACGGUCUAGUUGGGGUCGCAAAAGUGGAAGCUGGGAAAUAACACCUGAUAUUCUUGCCUUGGCUGCUGGGGUUGGUACCGAAGGCAAUCGUGCUGCAACCAAGACUUCACCAGGAAACAACGAGUGAUGAUGAUCAAAAACCAUGAAAACGUCAUUUAUCAUUAGGCAUAUUAGAAAAGUUCAAAUCAAAUGAUGUGAUUUGUUUUGUUUGCAAUUCAAUUCUCAUAAUUUCCGGAGCCUGCAAAUGGAUUGUGGAUUGAUUUCAAAGAUAAACAACAGUGACUGGUGGCAAUCCAGGACAGGCCAAUACUGACAAACGUGACACUGUAACUUCAGGUUCAGAUUUCAUGUGCUUCAGAAAAUAUGCAGACACUAAGUAUUGUAAUUUAGAAGGCAAAUCAUGUCAUUCACCAUAGAGAUGGCUGGAUGUUGUCUGCUUUGUUUGUGCAUGCUUUUAGGAAUUACAGAUUUUUUUGGGUCAGAUCUGAAAUAUUCAGAGUUGAUGGUGAAGUGUUUCAAUUGUUAAAACUUGACAUGUAUUAUUUGCUGGUUUCUUUUAAGCUGUCUUGGCAAUUUAUGUAUAAGGUUGGUUUUAAGAGAGGACUAUUGUACAUUUAUGAAUAUUAUUUGGCCCUA